CUUUAAAAAACACAUACCUUUACAUAAACUCGACGAUUUCGAUUUUACCGGUUCUGAGGUGAUCGGUCAAGGAGGAUUUGGAGUUGUGGUUAAAUCAAAAUGGAAAUCAAAAUGGAAUGCUUUUGAAAAAUCAGUUGCAAUCAAGGAAAACGAGGAUAAAGAAAUUAUUAGAAAUGAGGUAAAUAAUCUUUGUUACGAUAUUUUGCGAGUAUAA